AUGUGGUUAAUUGAAAGAAUUCGAGAAACAGUUGAAAACCACAUUCCUUUUGAUGGUAACAGACUUUGCCCUUGUGAGGACAGCACUGCAAUGGCCAGCCUCUCCAACAGACUGCCCAGCAAUGUCCUGACACCAGACAAAAUCCCAGAUUUCUUCAUACCGCCAAAACUUUCCGAAGACUCUGGUAAUUCUAAACGACUUCCAGCAAAAUACAAGAUAAACCCCUCUGCCUCUGAAAACAGCAUCCGGCAUUGCGCAAAGACCCCCCUGCUACAUGUUAGGUCAGGAAGUUUCAGCAAAAGCAACGAGAGAAGGGACCUUGUAAAGUUGGCUAAUCAGCACAUCAUACAAAUAGAGAGUGCAGAGGAUGUCAAUGAAGACAAUAAAAUUAACAUGCACAGAAACAAAUUACGAGACCAUGCCCCUUGUCCUUCGUCAAUGUUACUGCCUCAGGGAGCCACAUAUUACGGUCUUUCUGGUUUCUUUGAAAGCCCUAACACCAGGAGAAAAGAGUCCUUAUUUCAUGUAGACUUAACAAGCUAUACCCUGCGGAAGCAAGGCAGCUUCCCCAGUAAACAGCUACUUUCUCCAACAGGGUCCCUAAGCUUCUUAAACUCUUCUGAUAUAAGUCCACCUCCAUGUCACCCCUGUAAGGUACCCUUCAAGCAGGGUAUCCCUGACAGUGACACACAAUCUUCCAAUGAGUCUUCACCUUACAGUUCUCCUUUGCUGCCUCGAUCCCUAUCGGGCUCCUCUCUGUUAAAAAUGUUUGGUCAAGAGAGCUCUUUGGGUGAGUCUUCUAGAUCCACCUCCAAGCAAUCCCUAGGGGGGAAUAGCUCCUUCUCUACAGAUGAAUGUAGCUCCACAGACAACAGUCCCAGUGCCUCGAAGAAGGCUUUUUUCACAGUGUCUGCUCUUGGUUGCUCCCUGGCCCCUCCUGCAUUGUUCUCUCUCGACCUGCUUCAGUGCCAGGAGCGUCUCCAGAAAGAGCACCUAAUCCAGCUCCACGGCAGAGGAAUGGUUCGGUUGUCUGCAGAGUACGACCCAGGCAGCACCACGCUUCGGGUUCGGGUGGUUUCUGUGGAAGACCUGUAUGACAGCUCUUUUGAGGAGAAGUGUGUUCACUGCUGUGUCAUCGUGUGUCUGACCCCAGGGAAAAUGCAGAGACAGCAGAGCACCAUCAUAAAAAACAGCAGGAAUCCAAUUUUUAACGAGGAUUUCUUUUUCGAUGAGGUCACAGAGGAAGAUCUCCAGAGCAUGUCCUUGAAACUAAAGGUCUUAAACAAGGCAUCUAGCCUCAAACGAGACACAGUGCUGGGUGUUAAUGCAAUGCCUCUUUUUCAGUUAUUGCCUUUGUAA